ACCACGCAGCACGCACUGUUUAAUUUCUUGCUCCCAUCCGAUCCUCUAGCUAGCUGCUCGAUCGAUCUCUUCAUUUCCCUCCUCUGAUCCGCCGAUCAGCUAGCAUCCAUGGAGCAAAUGCUCCACCAGACCCCGUCCCACUCGUCGUCGAUCCCCGACGGCUUCGUCCUGCCGGCCGACCACCUCCGUCCGGCGACCGCCGCCGGUGUUGUCUCCCUGCCCGUCGUCGACAUGUCCCACGGCCGUGACGAGGUUCGCCGCGCUAUCCUCGACGCCGGCAAGGAGCACGGCUUCUUCCAGGUGGCGAACCAUGGCGUCCCCGAGCAGUUGCUGCGGGACAUGGAGGCGGUGUGCCACGAGUUCUUCCAGCUGCCCGCGGCGGACAAGGCGGAGUUCUACUCGGAGGACAGGAGCAAGCCCAACCGGCUCUUCUCCGGCUCCAGCUACGAGACCCUCGGCGAGAGGUACUGGCGCGACUGCCUCCGCCUCGCCUACCCCUUGCCCGCCGGCGACACCAAGGACUGGCCACACAAGCAGCCACAGAGGCUCCGGAAGGUUGUCGGGAACUACACCGCGCUGGCAAGAGGCCUGGCCAUGGAGAUACUGCGCCUGCUCUGCGAGGGCAUGGGCCUCCGGCCGGACUACUUCGUCGGGGACAUCAGCGGCAGCCGCGUGGCCGUCGACAUCAACCACUACCCGCCGUGCCCGGACCCGAGCAGGACGCUGGGCCUGCCGCCGCACUGCGACCGGGACCUCAUCACCAUCCUCCUCCCCGGCGCGGUCCCCGGCCUCGAGGUCACCUACAAGGGCGACUGGAUCAAGGUCCAGCCCGUGCCCAACUCCUUCGUCGUCAACUUCGGCCUGCAGCUCGAGGUUGUGACCAACGGGAUGCUCAGGAGCGUGGAGCACCGCGCGGCCACCAACUCGGCGGCGGCGCGGAUGUCGGUGGCGACGUUCAUCGUGCCGGCCGAUGACUGCGUCAUCGGCCCCGCGGAGGAGUUCGUCGGCGAGGGCAGGCCGCCGUGCUACCGCACCCUCAGGUUCGCCGACUUCAAGCGGAUGCACAACGUCGUCAACCUGGGGUCAUCGCUCAACCAGAUCACUAACAUCAAGAGCAACCAGGAGUAGGUGGACCUAGUGGGCCUUUUGGUCCAGCCACUAGCCUAGCAGCAGGGUGGGCCAGGCACUCGGGCUAUUCAGCCCAUCGCCCCGUUCUCGGCCCAGCAGGUAGUAAGAACAGAGUUUCCUAUUUCUUCUUAGGUAAUGGAAUAUAAAUAUUAUAGACGGUAUAAAAACAAGGAUAACUUGACACAGAAAAAUCUCUAAAAAAUAUGAAUAUCUCU